GGCAUUGACGUGAGUGCAGUAGCUUCUAAAAACAGACGUGACACCAGCAGCAAGAGAGAGAGGAGCAACACACCCGGACAAAAGCCGCAGAGGCCUAGUACUUUUGGGGCCUAAUGUUAUUUUCAUAACACAAUAUUUUUCUGACGUUAACCAACUCUUAUUUUUUGUUCAGUCUGGGUGCGUGACGAACACCAUGGAGAAUUUGGAGAAGCAGCUCAUUUGCCCCAUAUGCCUAGAAAUGUUUACAAAGCCUGUAGUCAUCCUGCCCUGCCAGCACAACCUCUGCAGGAAAUGCGCCAACGACGUCUUCCAGGCCUCCAACCCGUACCUGCCGACCAGCCGGAGCGGCUCGUUGGCGUCCGGCGGCCGCUUCCGGUGUCCAUCCUGCAGGCACGAGGUGGUCCUGGACCGCCACGGCGUCUACGGGCUGCAGCGGAACCUGCUGGUGGAGAACAUCAUCGACAUGUUCAAGCAAGAAUCCAGCAGCAGCAGCGCGCCGGCGCCCGAGCGCAAGGAGGCGACGUCGCCCAUGUGCGACGUCCACAAAGACGAAAAGAUCAACAUCUACUGCUUGAGCCACAAUGUGCCCACGUGCUCCAUGUGCAAGGUGUUUGGUACGCACAAGGACUGUCAGGUGGAGCCCAUCAGCAGCAUCUACCAGACCAAGAAGACAGAGCUGAACGACGGCAUCGCCAUGAUGCUGGGCAACAACGACAGGUUGCAAGGCAUCAUCAGUCAACUGGAGGAGGCCUGUCGCGCCGUCGAGGAGAACAGUCGACGUCAGAAGAACCUGGUGUGCGAGAAGUUCGACCAGCUGUACACCAUCCUGGAGGACAAGAAGCGCGACAUGAGUCUCAAGGUGACGGCCGAGCAGGAGGAGAAGGACAGCUACAUCAGGGGCCUGACCAGGAAGUACGGAGAUCACCUGGAGGAGAGCUGCAAGAUCGUGGAGAAGGGCUUGGAGAUCAUGGAGGAGCAAGAGAUGGCCGUCUUCCUGCAGAACACAAAACCUCUCCUCAAACAACUAGCAGAAGCAUGUAGCACAUCCCACCUGGAGAAAGUAGAGCGAGGCUACGAGGACAUGGAUCACUUCACCGCCGACUUCCGGCAGGAGCGCAAGGUGUUGGGCAGCAUCGACUUCCUCCAAGACGACGAAGAUGACGAGGAGGAGGAUGAGGAUGAAGCGGCGGGGGUGGCGCAAGUAGAGGCGGCGGCGCCUGCAACCGCCGCGCCUAGCACGGCCGCCGGCUCUUCCGCGCCGCUGCUUCCAGCCGCGAGCCCGCAGACAAAUCCCGUUCCCGCCGCAGCCAAGAGCGCGGCGUCCACCUAGAGUCAGUCAGGAUACUUUUGGGGCAAAAGUGACAAAGGUAAACCACGAAGAAAGCACAAUGACUGAACUUUUACCCCCUUGUGUUUUCUGUGCAUUUUCCCCAUGCUUGUGGAGCAUUCAUUCAUGUUUUUAAUACUUUAAAGGACACCUUUAGAAAACACACAACCAUGUAGUUUAAAAAAAAACCAACUAACUUUAUUAGUAGGAAAUAACUAACAGGCCCUAUGAUAUUUCAAUAUUCCACAUCAUCCUCAAGCCCUUGAAGGUUAUUAAAAAUGAAUUGUGAAAGCACAUCUGGGUCUUCACUAGAUGAACAAUACUUCAAUUCUACUAGGUACAGUGGUGCCUUGAGAUAUGAGUUGAAUUCAUUUCAUGACCGCGCUCGGAACUCAAAACACUCAUAUCUCAAACCAUCAUUCCCAAACGAAAUGAAUGGAAAUGACAUUAAUCCGUUCCAGCUUCCACCCAAAAAAUAAAAUAAUUUUGUAAUGUGUUUUUUAAUUGAAAAAAAAUAGCACUAUAUAAUAUUUUUCUUUCUAAAAACAUAUAGUAAUGACAUGAUUCAAUAAAAUGUGAAGAAAUAAAACCGUUUUUCUCA